CUUGAGCGUACAGUAUAUAAACCACACACUUCCUGCUACACCACUGUAGAUGAACCUGUUGGGUGAAGCUGUCAGAGAAGAAGGACUUCUAGGUUUGCUGUUAUUGUCUCUGACUUCACCAUCAUGAAGUUAUCUCUGGUUUUACAGCAUCUGCUUCUGAUAAUAUUAGUCUUGGCACUGACCAGGGCACAAUGGGCUCCUCAACCAACAUCGACAGCAACCUCCACAGUUCCAUCAUCAGAAACCACCACAUUGCCAGCCAUCACAGAUCAAUCAGCGGUUGUUGCGAUGACUUCUGCAGAGCCAUGGACAGCUCCAGCAAUAUUCUAUCCAUUCGGCUCGGCUGUAGGAGACACUGAAUAUUCUGUAAUUGGUUCUGAAAGCCAAGUUUCAGUUGCUCUUUCCACCCCAUUUACAUUCUUUGGCCACACAUACAACAGCUUAUAUGUUAUUUAUAAUGGACUCCUGACAUUCACAAUGACAGCAAUAUCAGGCCCUUACUAUAGUCCCCUCAAAGGACGAGAAGAUUUCAUUGCUGCGCUCUGGAAUGACUUUGAUGAUUAUUUCACUGGUGUGAUUUCAUAUCAGCAGUACACAAGUGGAAGUGUGCUGAACCGCGCCACUCAGGAUAUAAACCAGCAUUUCUCUCCAGUGAACUUUCAAGCUUCUUGGGUCUUUGUCGCCACCUGGAGGUACAAUCUACAGCCAAAUCCGCAAAUCUUGUUCCAAGCGGUUUUAAUUUCAGGUGGUGGAGGCUCUUUCUUUCUCUUGAAUUAUGGUGACUGUGCUGCAUUAUAUGAAGGAACAGAGGCUGGAUACGACACAAUAAACUCAAUAAGCAAUUUUAUAAUUCCUGAUUCAGCAAAUGGCAACUACCAAAACCUCAAGAACACGACUAAUGUAAAUGUUACCGGCCGCUGGGCCUUCAACGCAUGGGCAGCUCCAGCAAUAUUCUAUCCAUUCGGCUCAACUCUAGGAGACACUGAACACCACGUUAAUAACGAUGAAAACUCAUAUCCUGUUUCUCUUUUAACCCCAUUUACAUUCUUUGGCCACACAUACAACAGCUUAUACGCUAUUUAUACUGGAGUUCUUUCAUUCACAAUAUCACCAACAUUAAAUGUUGACAUCAAUCCUUUCGGAGGAAAUGAUGAUUUCAUUGCUCCGCUCUGGAAUGACUAUGAUGAUUAUCACACUGGAGUAUUCUCAUAUCAGCAGUACACUAAUGGAAGUGUGCUCGACCGCGCCACUCAGGAUAUAAACCAAUAUUUCUCUCCAACAAACUUCAAAGCUUCCUGGGUUUUUGUUGCCACUUGGAGGUACAAUCUACAGCCAAAUCCGGCAAUUCUGUUCCAAGUGGUUUUAAUUUCAGGCGGUGAUUGGUCCUUCUUUCUAAUGAAUUAUGGAGACUGUGCUGUCUUAAAUGAAACAAUGGAGGCCGGAUACAACACAAUGAACUCAGUAAGCAACUUUGUGAUCCCUGAUUCAAUUAAUGGCAACUACCAAAACCUCAAGAACACGACGAAUGUAAACGUUCCCGGUCGCUGGGCCUUCAUCUCAAACAAAGGAUUAGAAAAUAUCAUAGGAACCCAAUUUAAGCUCACGUCUUAUUUAGACCUGACACAGAGUAAUAACCUGGAGGCUGUUCUGCAGCAAAUAAAACAAGAACUGGUCAGUCGUGGGCUGUCAGGUAACUUCGAGAUAAAGAAAAGACGUGUCAUAAAGCAGCAGCCGUAAUGAGAAAAUGAAACCUCAGAAAGUCGCUGCCUCACAUGAAGAAAACCUUUCAAUUUAAUCACCCCUCAGAUUUCUAACAUACUUAUAUAAGAUAUUCACACACAAUUAUGUACACAAAAAAUAAUUAUAAUCAAACUUUUCUAUACAGUAUUCGUUUAGCUUAAUUCGUAAUCACUUAUCUGUUUUUCUAAUGCAAACUCAAGGCAAUUUGUAACCUUUUGAUUUAGUGGCUAAUUCAUAUUCAUUUGUAUUAUUUUAUUCAUAUCUUUUAAUACGAUUUGCAUAGGGGUCAAUUUUGGGGUGGGGUUUGGGGGAACAUCUGCUUUUCAUAUGUACUUAUUCAUAUGAAUAAAAUCACAUGAAUUCGUACAAAUUUGCUACUUUAAGUUGCUUAGUUCCUCGUAAGGAAUUUCUAUUUCCGAUCAUGCGUGUUUUAUGAAAUGUUUAGACAUGCAUCUUAAAACAGAAAUGAUAGAAGAAAUACAAUAUGAGGUAACUAAAUAAAUAAAUAAAAAGUUUAGAGUGUCUAAACUUUGCUAUUUUGCAUUACUGGUUAACAUCUUUGCCAUGAAACUUCAGUCAUCUCUUUUCAGACAUUACUAAUGAAAUAGAGAUUUAACUUAACUUUAAAUAAGUUUGAUGUUGUCUAUUCAGUGCACACAAGAAAACAAAACUACAUUUUUGAUUGAUUUAGAUUUACACAAAUGUUUUUGACAACCCAAGCUCAUUCUGAAAACGUAGCCCCGCGGGCAUUUCUGGAGACCGUGAUUUACGUGGCCGGAGGUAUAUGUGGCCGCAUUUCGUUUUUUCAAGCAAAUGCUUAGGGGUGGUGUGACACCGCUCCUCUUCGCACUCGCCAGCUGAUGGCUCACCUCCGUGUGGAGGGCUUUCCCGCCGCAACCAGUUUGUCCGGUUAGCUCGUCGUGUUACGAUGGUAGAGCGGAGGCCCGGAGGAGCAGGAGCCAGCCGUGGCGACGACCGGGUUUGAUUCCGGGGAAGAGCGAUUCUAGAAAUAAUGUAGGCGGGGCUUAGCGAAGGGUCAAUUGGCUCUCUGUUAUUGUGAUGGUACGAGCUAGUUAUACAUGACCAGACAAGGUGGAGCUUGAUCAAGAUUUCAGAUUCGAAUUUGUGUUGAUCACUGCAAUUUGCCCGCGAGUUCCAUCAUACAUUUACAGUUAGUCUUUAGCAGACGCUUUUGUCCAAAGCGACUAACAAUUGAGGAGGAAUUCAGUGAUUCAACAAGGAUCAGCAAUACACAUAAGUGCUAAAAAGAGAGAGAGAGAGAGAGAGAGAGAGAGAGAGAGAGAGAGAGAGAGAGAGAGAGAGAGAGAGAGAGAGAGAGAAAUGUGUGUUUCUACAGGUGGUUUGUGAAAUCCACUUACGUGUGUGAAGCACACUUCAUAAAUGCAGUUUAUUAUUUUAGAGUGAUUGUAAAUAUGUGCAAAAACUGGAGCAAGUAUAUGAGUUUUCUACAGGUGGUUUGUUAAGCCCUCUCACCUGUGUGAGGCAGACUCAGAAUUAAAACUAUUUAGGGGUAAUGCGUGGUGAGGUGGGAGAAGAGGGGUCUUUGUUUUAUUCACAGGUGUUGAGGUAUUCUCAGAAGAAAUGGGUUUUUAGUUGUCAUUUGAAUGAUGCUAGUGAAUCCACAGUCUGGGUGGGAAUCAGAAGAUCGUUUCACCAGCAUGGAGCAGUGAAUGAGAAUGUUUUGGAAAGUGACUUACAGCCGCUCUGUGAUGGUACCACAAGGCAGAGCUCACUCCCUGACCAGAGCCUCCUGGAGACUACCUGGAGGGAUGUAGGUGGAGGGUGGACACUGGAUCAAACACAAAUAAAAGUAUUCUUACAGCUUAUUACCAUCAGAUUGUUAAGCAUAAUCAAAUGUGAUAUUCAUGCCCAGAAAUUAAAUAUUUUAGAAAGCAA